UGUCAGUGUGGAUGUGUACAGGGGACGCGUAUGUGGAAUAGAAACACUUGUCGACACCACAACUGUCCACACAGCAUUGGGCAAGCGGUGGGCAGGCGGUGGGCAUUCCCCUCCCUUAGGUGCCUCCAAGCGUAAGCUGCAUGUUGCUAAACAGUUAAAGCCACGCCUAGAGAUCCCGCCUAAGUCAGAUCGGGGCGCUGGGUUCGGCCACUUAUCCACUAGAGGACUGCUUAAAGUGCACACCUGACCUGCCGCAGCUUCUCGCUUGAGCCGUAGUGGCCUCAGUUUCCCGGUUGACCUGCCAGUGCGAGCCCUGGCCUGGCGCAGCGCAGGCUCCGACCAAGGCUCAAUUCUCCGUUGCUGACCUGCACUGGCACUCGCUGCUGCUGCUGCUGCCACUGCCAAACUGCACCCUGCACUCCAGUUCCUGAACUCGAACCUUGAUUCUCUAUCCACAUCCACCUCAGUCCUUCUCUCACUCUCCCGCCUCCCUCCUUGUCUCUACACAAGGCUGAGCUCACCCAAGCCGCUGGCUCCUGGUUGAAGAAAGAUCCGUCUUUGGUCUUUCUUCCAGGUUGCCGUCCACUCCUUCAAGAACCUCAAAUCUCUCCCUUUCUAAGCAAUCCGAACCACCCGCGACACCCAUUGUUUGUGAAGACAUCGUCUGCACAGAUACGAUCAACUAUCGCGAGUAGCCUUGACAGAACAACUUUGGUGGGCCGACGACACCUUGUACAGGUCAUUUCUUACUGUCGAGACAGUCCUAUUGCGGCGCAACAUCUGUCUGGACUUUGUGAUGGUGGCAUUCGUCUCUUUGCGUGAGCCGGCUACAAAUAUCAUCCAGGUGCCGGAUCACCUCUAACACACUUCACUGCGCCUGCCUGCUGGCCAGCACAUCAAUAAUCCUCUUCACCGGCGGCCCUUUCAUGCAAGUAUGACUUCGAUCUCGCUUCCUCCAACGCUUCCUGCGCAUUCACCGUUCGACUCACUCGCCGGCACGCCUCCUCGAUCUCCCCGAUCUCAUGCUCACCGAAGACGACCCUCUCGAGACCCAAAUGCUGCACACAAUCUGCCGACGACUACUUUGGCCUCUUCUGCGAGCGAAGAUACUCUGCGAGUACGAGGAGUGGGCACAUCAAAUCAGGGCGCCGCUGGCAUGGCUGUCGAAACCCGUCGUCGCUCUAUGAGGGCUCCUCUGCCUGACUUCAAAUUCAACCCGGGUGCCGAUCUGCCGCCAGAACGGGAUGAAAGUCCAACUCACCCAGUACUUCAAGAGAUGGCUUUGAAUCAACAGCGCGCUAUUCGGUCGGCACGAGCAGCUCCCUUGCCUGCAUUCACCUUCGGAUCACAAGCGACGCCUGCACAAGCGUCUCCCAGUCCAACCAAAUCCUCAUUUGCCGAUACCACGCAGCCUGUUCGAACAGGUCAUCGCCGGUAUGGAAGUGAGUUUGUGGGCGCAGGCGACGAUGGCCCUCAAAUAGUCAGCACCAGCCCUGAGAAACCCGAAUACCGACUUCCUCCCCCAGCAAAUGGGGCACCUAGAGGACAUGUCCAUCGUCGGUCACAGGCUGUUUCCAUCUCCGAUAUUGACACGUCAGAGCUGAUCAAGAUGAAUGCUCUGGCCAAGGCACGAGCAGGCUCAACCCCAACAACCCCAGCAGAAAGCGCACAGCCUUUUGCGUACGCUCGUCCCAGCCCACACAUGCGCCAGUCAAUGUCAAACAUUGUCAGAACCCCACCCUCGUCUCCUCGACGAAGGGGUAGUGCCCCAGGAUUUCGUCCUCGAGUCGGGUUUUCUGAUUAUGUCGAUGUGAUACCAAGACCACUGUCUUUGAUCUCAUCCGAGACCGAAGGGAGCACGUCUACUAUCCGCGGAGGUCAUUCUCUCUCUGGAAGCAUCAACUCCAUCGCUAGUCCGACACCACGUCCGAUCAUAGCUGUGAGUCCCUCGGCUGACAUGGAUAUCUCGCCGGAGCGGCCUCAAACGGCAGAUGCACUUUCAACCCAGCUGGCAGGCGUGCCUGCUGAAUCCAUGAUUAACCUUCCGAAACGCCCGCUGUCCGCUUCCGGCUCACCUGGAGCGUUGAGCACGGGCAGCCCUCCGAGCAAAAAGAAGUACUUUUGGUUCAGUCAUUCCAACAAUGGUUCACCAUCCACUACUCCAAGGGCUGAAGUUGGCGAUCCCCUUGAUGUCUUCACAUCGCCCGAGUGUACCCAGCCCCCGACUCUCAAGUCGGUCUCGCAUGCGCCUGAUCGACCCAAGACUUCCGAAGAACCGGUUCCUGCGUCAAAGAAGCGCAAGUAUCACACGUGGACUUCGGGUAUCUUCUCCAGAAAGUCGGAUAAGCGCUCCGCCAAGCCAAAAGAGCAAGGCUCUCCAAGUCCACCUGAGUUGAAAAGACAACUUAGUGAUCGGCUCAGUGAUAUCUUUGAUGCCGACAACACUGUUGUUAUUCGCGAUCCUUCUCCCGUCUCGACUCGAGUCCGCCCUCUGCUACCGGCCGUCACACCGAAACAGCCGGAGGAACAAGUCACAGGUCCUGUUCUAGAUCUUGACGCCGCCCUGGGUACUUUUGGAGACGAGGAUGAUUUUGGAUCCGACGGCAACGUCAGAUUCGGUCGAUCACCACGAAUUGCGAAACUGCAUAGCAGUGAGCGGAGAGGCAGUCCAGACGCAUUUGGAACAGUCCAUAGGAGGACGGAGUCAGCGCCAACAAUGCCCGCCGUCAACCGUAGCACUUUUAGCAUGCACCGCCUGGGUAGCAAUGCUUCGCUCACUGAGGACGUGUUUGACGAAGAAGAGGAAGACAAUUUUCUCGCUGGGAAACAUCCUGGCCCGAGUAACUCGGACAGCUCAACCGAGGAGAUUGCACAGGAAAGCAAACCUAGCAGCCCUGAUUCUCUGCCGGUUUCUGCGCCGCAAGAUCCUACUCCUGCUGAUGGACUGGGUCUUUCUUUGCACCAGGAAGCAGGUGACGGUGUGCUCAUUGUCGGGUCGGAAGAAGACAUUGCCCGCGUCGACGCGCGGUCUUCGAACUCAACCAUUGAGGCGCCGCCCAUCUUUCCAGAUCUGGAGAAUGAGAAGCGCCCAAUGCCGUCUUCGAUGUCUUUUGCGUAUCCGGCACCACAAUCACAUUAUGCCUCUUCCACUGAUGGACGCACGACUUCGGCUUCCAUGAUAUCUUCACCAGAUGCCGACCACAUCUCUUUCGAUACUUUCCCCCGCCCAAUGCGGCUGCCUGGUGAACCCAGUCCAGACUUUGCGCUUCGGGCUUCUAACGACGAUCUUCCCUCCCUCAGUGACAGCAUUUCGAGCGGCGCUCUUCCCAGAUUUUCGAGCAGUGCAGGGACGAGAUCUUCGGUUGAACAACGUUCUGCUUCCAUGAUUGUUCCGUCAACUUCCAAGUCCAAUGACCAACAAGCCUGGAAACGAACAAGUCUCGCAAGCCUGAACCGUUUGAUUCCUGGAUCGUCUCAUGGUAGCAAACUGAAGUUUGAGACCGUCCCUGAUACCGCCGUCACUGACGAGAAGGGGAGAAAGAAAACAAAUAGGAUCAGCAGACUGAUGCAUUUCUGGCGCUCCAAAGAGCGAACAGACAUGUAAUGCAGGCAAAUCUGACUGACAAAAGUCACAACACAAUUAACGGCUUUAUGAACACUGCUUCGGCGUUUGGAGCAUGGGCGAGACCCUAGCAUUGACCAAUCAACCUUCCCACAUGGCUUUUUGAUGGACAAAUUUUACGAAAAUCACGAAAAGUGGAUUGGAGCCUCAAUGGGCUUUCCAAGAUUCGACCACCCUUCUCACCAUAUUCGAUCGUUAUUAACAGCUUUUCUUUUCUUAUUUCGAGUACACGGGUUACGAGCUACAGCUCUUCUAUUUGGGCCUUUUCCCCACACUGGGCCGUUUGAGCUCCACUCAACACCAUUGAAACAAUUCGGCUGGCAGGACAGCAGGUUUAAAUUGUGAAAGACAGAGGAAACAAUUUUGGGCGACAGACAGAACGCAUCAGGCUGGGGCGCAUUAAGCUGAGGAUAUGAGAAGCAUUACCAUUAGGAUGUCCAUACAAGGAUCAAGAGUACCUCCAUAGUCUGAAUGAUGGAUGGCUGGAAUGGGUUGCUGAUGUUGAGAUGUGUUUUUGUGUGGAAUAGGGCAAACGAGACAUUUUAUGAAGACUGAAGCAGGAUUCGGGCUGCAAUGGUCAGCUUCAAAUCACAGAUCCAGAUUCUAGCUGGACACCAGGGCUGUUUUUUUAGCUUGCACUUGCUUAUUUGACAACUUGUACUCUUAUAACGUUCGAUCCGUUUCGAGCGCUAUUGUUUUGUCUCCAGUAUUUCGAGGCUCCAAUUGUGACCAGCGACUAUGAAGUAUUCACGUUUGUUGGAAUGAUCAAUCUAGGCCAAGACAACCACCCAAUGGUCUUUUGUCGAAGAAAUAGCUAUUGGCUCCCUAGGCCCUUUCAAUCAGCAUUUCUACCAGAG